CGGAGUUAGUGCUGCCCGCCCCCAAAAGAAGUUGCGGGUAAAAGCGCUCAGAUUUGCCGAGCCGAGCCCUGCCCAGCCCGGCCGCGGGAGGGCAGGGCGGUGCGCUGGGCUGGGCUGGGCUUGGCAAGGAGGCUGCGAGGCCGGUGAUUUGCUGCUUUGCGGCGGCUUUGAAGGAUUUGGAGCGCUGCGCCCGGGAGGUGCGGGGCUCCAUGGAGCCUGUUGAUCACACGCAGCCGGGGCUGCGGGGGAGCUGAGAGCGGCCGGCGCCCAACACCGCAGCCUCGGAGGAAGCACCCGCUCAGCACCCUUGGGCUCCGGCGGCUCUGCUCCGGACCACGACCUGCUCCAGCAGCCAUCGUCUCUGCCCCUGCCCGAUGCUAGCUCCUGCUGAGCCCGCUCAACUUUUGCAGCUGGCGGUUGGCAGCCCUUGAUCCCCGAGAUGACCCCGAGAGCCUGGCUGCUGUGUCUGUCCUGGACCCUGGCUGCAUCGCUGCAACUUCAGCAGGGCAUGCCAAAUGUAUGUCUGGAACAAGAGCUGGCAAUAGUGGGACAGCGACAGCCGUGUGUUCAGGCUUUUGCCCAGGUUGUCAAGAUGUGGAAACAAGGCUGCACAGGACACAGGUGGUGUAUGGGCUAUGAGAGAAGGACGGGGUAUUACACAGUGUACAAACAAGUGUACAUCAUAGAACAUCGAACUGUCUAUAAAUGUUGUCCAGGAUGGACCCAACAAGAUGACGAACCUGGCUGCUUGUACUUGUUGUGCUCUGUAGGCACUUGUUUCAAUGGAGGGAAAUGCUCUGAAGGAGGAUCCCUCAUGUGCCAGUGUCCAGCAGGAUUUCAGGGUCCACGCUGCCAGUAUGAUGUAAAUGAAUGUACCAUUGAGAAUGGUGGCUGUCAGGACCAGUGCUGCAAUACUAUUGGCAGCUACUACUGCAGAUGUCCAGCUGGCCAGAAAUUGGGCGAAGAUGGAAAAUCAUGUGAAGAUGUUAAUGAAUGUGCAGUAGUAAAUGGAGGCUGCCAGCAGAGCUGUGUUAACACUCCAGACUCCUUCUAUUGCAUAUGCGAUAUGGGAUACAGACUCCAUGCUGAUGGACGCACCUGCCUAGCUGUCAGUUCCUGCACUGUUCACAACGGGGGCUGUGAACAGGCGUGCGUUCAGAUCAGUGAUGUCCACCACAAGUGCCACUGCCAUCCACCCUACCAGCUGAAGAGAGAUGGCAAACACUGUGAAAUGAUGGACCCCUGCGCAAGUGGGAACGGAGGAUGCUCACACAUCUGUCAAAACGAGAGAGGACUUGCAAAGUGUGAGUGCCAUCCUGGGUACUAUCUUUCUGCAGACAAAAAGUCCUGUGGAGACAUUGAUGAGUGUGCAGAAGAGACAGCCAGGUGUGCUCAUCAUUGUGUGAACACCCUAGGGUCCUUCACCUGUAUUUGUAAUCCUGGCUUUGAGCUGGGGGCUGAUGGAAAGCAGUGCUACCGCAUCGAAAUGGAAAUUGUCAAUAGCUGCGAAAGCAAUAAUGGCGGUUGUUCUCAUCACUGCGAGCACUCGCCUGGUGGGCCUCACUGUUCUUGCAACCAGGGAUAUCUCCUUGAUUUGGAUGGGAAAACAUGCAUAGACCUGGAUGAAUGUGAGUCCAGCGAGGCCUGCUGUUCCCAGUUCUGCAUCAACUACAUUGGAGGCCAUGAGUGCAGCUGCAAGGCAGGGUUCCGGCUUAAUGCCAAUGGCUGCGUAUGUGAUGAUGUGGAUGAGUGUCUUGCUGACAAUGCCAGCUGUGAGCAUAUCUGUGUUAAUUCUCUGGGGUCAUACGAGUGCAUGUGUAGAGAAGGCUACAGACUUAAUCUCAAUAGACAUUCCUGCAUCUCAUUAGAUGAUGAUGAGCUGGAGGAGGAGGAAGAAGAGAAACUGGAGAUCGCUAGGAUUCCAGGCCUUCGGUUCAGAAGACCUCCUCAGCUGCUUCGUUAUGCUGCCACACUAGGCACCUUCUAUGAGGAUGAGGACAAAGAUGUACGAGGAGAACUUACUCUCAUGCAUAAAGUUGUUUGCCUGGAUAACACCUUUGGCAAUGAUUGUAGCCUGAGCUGUGAUGAUUGUAUAAAUGGAGGCAAAUGUAACAGUGAAAACAGUGGCUGCAUCUGUUCACCGGGGUGGACUGGAAUGAUAUGCAAUGAAACUUGCUCCCCUGGGACUUAUGGGCAAGAUUGUAAUAGCAUUUGUAAGUGUCAGAAUGGAGGCUCAUGCGACCAUGUAACAGGACAAUGUCACUGCCCACCGGGAAUUAAUGGACAGAUUUGUGAGGAUGGCUGUCCAAAAGGAUUCUUUGGGAAGAACUGUAACAAGAAAUGUAACUGUGCCAACAAUGGCUAUUGCCAUAGACUCUAUGGAGCCUGUCUAUGUGACCCAGGGUUAUAUGGUCGCUUCUGCCAUCUAACUUGUCCCAAGUGGACCUUUGGAGCUGGCUGUUCAGAAGAAUGUCAGUGUGUCAAGGAGAACACUCUGGCAUGCAAUGCCAGAAAUGGUACUUGCACCUGCAAACCAGGUCAUCAAGGGAACAAGUGCCAGAAAGAGUGUCCGCCUGGCUUUUAUGGAGCUGGCUGUAAGCUGAAGUGCAGCUGUCCUGCUGAUGCUUUAUGUGACCAGGAGACUGGAGACUGCAAGCAUCCAUGCCCACCAGGUUUCCAUGGAGAAAGGUGCCAUUUAUAUUGCCCUGAUGGUCUGUGGGGAGUAGACUGCCAGUUCUUCUGUGAGACCUGUGAGAAUGGAGGGAAGUGUAACAAAGUGACUGGAAUCUGUGACUGCCCUCUGGGAUACACUGGGAAAUCCUGUUACCUACCCUGCCCCCAUGGUUACUAUGGGCAAAACUGUCUGUUGCAGUGCAGCUGUGAUAGCAAUGCUCAGUGUCACCAUGUUACCGGAGAGUGCACAUGUCCUCCUGGCUGGAGUGGCCAUGACUGCAAACGUCCUUGUGAUGCUGGCCGUUGGGGAGAGCACUGUGAAAGCUUGUGUGUCUGCAAUAACAGUGACGGUAGCUGUGACCCAGUCACUGGGAUUUGUUUCUGUGAAGCAGGAUACUCUGGGAAACACUGUGAGCAGAGAUGCCCUAAGGGAACCUUUGGGCCAAAUUGUAAGUCCAGCUGUCCGUGCCAGAAUGGAGCUGCCUGUGAUCAUGUGAGUGGAGCCUGUACUUGUGCGACUGGCUGGACAGGAACUUUUUGUGAAAAAGCUUGUCCAGAUGGAUUUUUUGGAGUUGACUGCCACCAGGUGUGUGAAUGCAAGAAUGCAGCUCACUGUGACCACAUCAUAGGAACAUGCCAGUGCCUCCCUGGCUGGGUGGGAGCCAAGUGUGACCAACCCUGCCAGGGUGACAGUUACGGGGAAGGCUGCAGUCAUGCUUGUAAUUGUCACAAUGGAGCGCGCUGUGAUCAUGUAACUGGGAUGUGUAUUUGCGCAGCAGGAUGGAGAGGAGCUACCUGCCAGCAAGCUUGUCCUUCUGGUUUAUAUGGCAUGAACUGUUUACAGCACUGCAUGUGUCGCAAUCAGGCUGUAUGUGAUCAGGUAACUGGACAAUGCAUUUGUCCCAAAGGCUGGACUGGAAUAGCCUGUGAACUUGAGUGUGAGGAUGGGAAGUAUGGAGAGAGCUGUGAGCAGAACUGUAGCUGUGGCAAUGGUGGAAUUUGUGACCGACAUUCAGGGAAAUGCAACUGCCAUCCAGGAUGGAUUGGGGACCAGUGCAAUGUUGCCUGUCCAUCUGGAUACUUUGGGCAGCAGUGUGAGGAACGGUGUGACUGUGAACACAGCUCUUCCUGCCACCAUCAGAGUGGAGUGUGUCACUGUGAAAAAGGAUGGCGAGGAAAACGAUGCGACAAACCCUGCUUGCCUGGCUACUAUGGCAAUUACUGCACCAAACGUUGCAACUGCCCUUCAGGUACCCCUUGUCACCAUGUGAAUGGAGAGUGUGGCUGCCCUCAAGGAUUCACUGGCUAUGGCUGUGAAAAAACUUGUCCAGCAGGCACAUAUGGUAAGAACUGUAACCAACUGUGUCAGUGUUCUGCAGAAAAUGAGGAAUGUCACCCAGCGACAGGCAAAUGUACCUGCCUACCGGGUUAUUAUGGAAUCCACUGUGACCUUAAAUGUCCACAAGGUACCUAUGGUCCAUACUGCCAAAGGGCAUGUAAAUGCGUUAAUGGAGGCCACUGUGAUACUAUGACAGGAACCUGUGAUUGUCCUCCUGGCUUCAUUGGAGCUGACUGUAGUAAAAUUUGUCCUGUAAGCCGCUAUGGGAAGGACUGCAUCCUGUUGUGCUCCUGUGGUAAAGGGCAGUGUGACCCAGUGACUGGCAAGUGCUACUGUCCACCUGGCCAAAUUGGACCCAGUUGUCAGCAAGUGUGUCCCCAGGGAAGCUAUGGCCCCAGCUGCCAGCUAAGGUGUAUCUGUAAGAAUGGUGGUAUCUGUGACCCUGUGAACGGAUCUUGUUCCUGUGGACUUGGCUGGACAGGAAGUUAUUGUGAGAAAGAAUGUGCCCCGGGUAAAUAUGGUUCUGAUUGCCACUUAAACUGCUCCUGUCAGAACAAUGGAUCUUGUGACAGGUUUACUGGUUGCUGCCAAUGUCCAGAAGGUUACUAUGGGCACUCUUGUGAGCACACCUGCCCUGCUGGAUUUUAUGGUCUAAACUGUAUUCACUCUUGUGAUUGUAAAAAUGGAGCUACUUGCAAUCCAGUGACUGGACAGUGCAUUUGUCCUGAAGGCUAUGAAGGUGUCCAGUGUGAAAAAGGCUGUAAUGUUGGAAGAUUUGGAGACAAAUGUCAGCAUCAGUGUGACUGUGAAGGAGUAGCCUCAUGUGAACCUGUAACUGGAAGAUGCCUUUGCCCACCUGGCAGGACUGGAGACAAAUGCACCAUUGAAUGCAGGUCAGACCAGUAUGGCCCCAGCUGCUCUCUGAGAUGCCAGUGUGCCAACAAAUCCCAGUGUCAUCCUCACAAUGGGAGCUGCAUGUGUCCUGCCAAGUGGAUGGGGCCAACCUGUGAAGAAGGAGGCCCUCCAAAACUUCCUUCUUAUGAAGAACAAACUCAGGAAUGAGGGAAUGCUUUUUCAAGAUCUCUACAACAGCAAUGCUUGGACUAAUAAAUGAAUUGUUUUAUAGGCACAGACAGUAUUUAAACUUGGGUACAAGAACUGCUUGAAUUCAGUUUGAACUGUGCUGAAAUAUUCACACUUUUUCAUGGAAGACAACAGUGGCCAAUAAGUAGUUUGGAUCCCUUUUUAAAACUUCUAACCUGUUUCAUUUAUUUAUUCUUAACCUCCUACUUCUCAAUUAAUCCACUCUGGACAUUCUUUCAGAUUCCCGUUGUCACGUAUUGUUUGAAUUACAUGUGGGGGAAAAUAUUUUUAGCAAUACUGAUAUUUCAAGACUAUCAUGAUAAAAAAUGUAAUAUACACAUUUACAAUAAGCCACAUUAAAUACCAGUGGCUUUCUAAACCCAGCUGACAAGGAGACUGGUGAUAAUACCUAUUUGAACUCCAAGGUCUCAAGCUUAGAUCUGGUUUAUGGAAAAGAGUCUAGCUACCAGAGAACAGAAUGGAAUCUGUAUGGGUUUUCUUCAUGUAGAUUCAGUUUUGCUGGUUUGUCAAAGUCAAACCAUUGAGUGGCUCUCAAAGAAACAUCCCCUUUUCAUUUCAGAAGAAAGGUAUAUCUUUUGAGGAUGCUGUGGGAAGCAGGCAGAGAUGUCUGAUUAUUGGUGAUUUUAAGAUAAAUUAUAUCUCCUUUGUAAACAAGACAUUGUACUGUGCUUGUACUACCCAGUUUGGUGAAGUUAGACGUUAAAUUCUGAGAAUUUAAAAUGGUUCUGACUUUGUUCAAUGUUAUCUGUUGGUCACUUUGUAAAACAAAGUGAUCAUGGUUACUGAAAAUAUAGUUAAUACUAUUUUUGUCCAUUUUACAGGUUAUCCUUUUAAUAUAGGACUAAGUAACUGUAAAGAUAUAAUGUUCUGGAUUUUUAGUGUCCUGACCCUCAUGGGAUGAAAGAUUUAAUGGCACCAAUUUGUACCAUUGUUCUGAUCGGUUAGAAGUUAUAAGCCUGUUCAUAGCAACUCUCAGUCUGACUGGGUAAAAAGUGGAACUUACUCAAAAGCGGCAUGGAAUUUAGCGAAAGAUUGUAUGUGUUGCCACUUAAGCUCUCUUUCACACAUCAUGACACACGAAUGGCGACACUGCAGGAAAAGGCCCUGGUUUUCCUUUUAAAAGGUUCAUCGUUGCAAUUGUGGUAGUCUCUGAUUUCUGCAGUCAGACACUGUCCAGAUAAAGCAUCCCAAGCUUCAGCUGAGGUCUUGAACAAUUCAUUAGCUGCCCAGUCAGUAGCAGGCCACUGUUGCUCACCUGGGACUUGAACUCCGGUUGUGAUCUAUUGAGAGCGAUUAGAGGUUUGGUUGGCAUUUGUUAAGCAUAAUGAAAGUAUGACUAUUGUUGUCCAUGACUACGCUGUUAUUGAAAGUAAUUCCAAACAUUCCUGUGACAAUAACAGAAUUAAUUAACCAACAGUGCUUUGAGCCAGAAAGACACAGGGCCUAAUUUUGAUCUCACACCAGUUCUACUUAGUAACACAAUGGACAUGAGUGGAGUUAUUCCCAGUUUACAUUGAUGUAAAUGAGGGCAGAAACAGCGAUGGCCUGGAGUUACCCAGAAACAAACAACUCUCAGUGGGCCUAGACCAGCUGCUGCUGUCAUUUUAAGUCUCCUUUUUAAAGACACACUGCCCUGAUUCUCAGCUUACAGUAGUGUAAUUCAGGAGUAACUCCACUGAAGUGAAUGGAGUUUAUACCAGGCUCAAACUGUGAGAGAGGAGACUCCAAUGCCUUGUUUUUAACUACAAGAGAGAUAUGCAAUACAAGGCAAAAGUGACUGCCCAAAAAAACAUAGAUAUUGCAAGUAAUGCAUUAUGCUCAGGACUUUGAACUUAGGGACAAUACCCACAGUCUUUGGACAAAUGUAUGGUUUGUUUACUCAGCAACUGAUGCACAAAGAACCAAUUUUGGCAUAUGCUAUUUUGUAGUAGUACACAAUGUUUACUGUUUUUCAUAAUACAUGUAUUUAACUGUAAUAAGAGCUGCUUACCAAAGAACCCUUUAAGAAGCCAUAUUUAUAAGCAGAACCUGUGUUUUCAAAGGACUGUUCUAUUUUUCUUACCAUACCCCUCUUUAUUUUAGUGUAUUCUUGUUUACAUUUUCCACAGUACUUUAACUGAGCACUGUAAAUAUGUACUGGAAAUGGAAUUAAUAAUUUUGUCUGUACUGUUUCUUAAAACAAUUACCCAAGUAAGACAUAAGACACAUUGUCAAGAAAACAAUAAGAAUAAUAUAGGUUAUUUCCCACCGAAUUAGAGGCCCAGCUAGAACUGGUCAGGAAUAUUUUGAAAAACAUUUUUCAUCAGAAAAGGCUAGUUCCUCAGAACCAAAACUGUUUGCAUAAAUGGGGUCAGUUCUGACAAAUUUUGUCUAUGCAAACAUUUUUUAAAAGAAAAUUUUGAAAUGGUCAAACCAGGAUCUUUUGAUAUUUUUCUGGUUGAAAAGACUUUUUGUUUUGAAAUGUAAGUUAAUUUAUGGAAACAAAGAAUUUUGAAACACUUUGACAUUCAGAAUGGAAUAUUUUGAUUGACCUGUGCAAAAAAAAAUUGGAUUUUCAAUUAGCAGAAAUUUUUGAGGAUGACUUUUUGUUCCAAUUUGGAUCAGGGAAAUGUUUUUGAAAUCUCAAAUGAUUACAGGAUGGGAAAAUCAUUUUCUGCCCAGGGCUAGGCCCAAGAUCUGUUAUCAUUAGUUAGGUACUAACUAAUUGAAAACUUACUUGGAAUAUUGUGAACAAUUUGUGGGUGCUACUUCUUACCGUUGGUGAACAACAUUUACCAAAGAGGGAAUUAUGUGCCUACAGAAUGUUGUUAAAUAAACUACAUGGGCUUUUUUGUCCUGGGAAAGGUGUUAAAUAGUUUUCUGUUACACUCAUUUUGUUAAACUGUGGCAAAUGAGUUUUAUUUGUUACUAAAACAAUGUCAUACAUUUUAAUAGAUCAUUUAUUCUGUUUAGUAAAAUACCAGUAUAAACUGCUAGGAUGACAGUUAGCAUUGAAAUGUCUCGGCAAUGACACCUGUCAGGAAUGAUCUAGAUUAUACUUAGUCCUGCCAUGAGUGCAGGGGGACUGGACUAGAUCCCUUCCUGUCCUAUGAUUUAGUAUAUUUUAAAUUCAUUUGUAUCUUCAGCUUGGUGCACUCUCCUUGGCAACCUAUUUCCCAUGUCAUGUCAGUCAGUCAUAGUGGAAUUUCUAGACAUUCGUGGACUUUGUAUUCUGAAUAUAACAAGCAUGUUAUAUGAACACACAGGUCACUACUGCUCUUUUACAUUGGUGUAAAUCUGAAUCAACUCCAGACUUACAAGCAGCUAAAUGGGUAGACUAUGACCUGAUGAAGCCAGCAGAAUUCUACUCAAUGUGAGUUUAAGCAAUCAGAGCAGCAUGUUUUAGGUUAGAUUUCUAUAAUUAUAAUACUAUCUUCAUAGGGAAACCAUCAGGAUUUUGAAAAUUCCCUGCUCCUCACUGCCAAAACUUACUGUUCUACUUUUAUCCUUUUUAUGUUUAAGAACCAUAGCUAUUAAAGUUUGCCCAGAUUUCUUAUUAACCCUAUUAUUUUGAUUGGCUGCAGGUUUCUGUUUGCCUAAGUAAUAACCAGCACAGUAUCAGAAAUUGCCAACAGGACAAACAUGGAAAUUAUGGACACAUUUUGGAAGCAUCACUGAUUGUUAUUGCUGGUUUACCCAUGCCAAAAAAAAUCAUGUUUAUUUCAGAAUUUAUUCUUUUACCAGGGAGAAGGGAACAGAGUCCUAGGAAUAGCUCUUUACUCCUCGGGGCAUUCUGCGCCAAAAAAUAAAAAUUCUAUGCAUAAUAUUUUAAAAUUCGGAAAAAUUCUGCACAUUUUCUUUGUCAAAUAAAUGUGGAGGCUCCAGCAUGGCAUUGGGGAGCGCAGGCCACUGGCUGCACAGAGGUGGGAGAUCACUGUGCAGCUCCCACCCGGGGCACAGACUCAGCAGUGAGGCUGCACCCAACUCUGACUCAGCACAAGGACUGGGCCUGCCCCAGAAACACUCCAGGGCCCUGCCCCUCCAUGCCAGGUGCCCCAGGUGUGGGCAGGCAGAUAUGGCAAGGCAGGAUCCAAGUGUGGAGGGCCUUAGUGUGGGAGAUCCAGGUGUGGGUUGAGAGGGUUCUGUGUGGAGCAAUCUGGGUGGAGGCGGCUCAG